AUGAAUAAAAAAUCAUUAUUUACUUUUGCCAUAGAAAAACAAAAUAAUCUCCUUAUAAUAAGCAGGCAUUUGGUAACUUUGCCUUUUUUACCGCCUCUGCGUAUUAGACUUGUGAUGGAAGAAAAAGAAGCAAUAAAGCCAGAAGAGUUUGAAAAUUCAAUUACGAUGACCCAUGUCAGCAGACUUGAAGUGAGUAGAGUUAGACGUAAAAGAAGAAAUUAUUGA